CCGCCCGCCGCCCGCCGCCCGCCGCCCGCCGCCCGCGCGUCUGCAACCCCGUCGGCCCGCCCAGCUGCGCGCCGGGGCCUCGGCCGAGCCCCCCGCCCCGAGUCCCGCGGCGCCCGGCCCGCUCUUCCUCGCCCUGACGUCUCCCUCCCGCCCGGAAAGCUGCCCAGCCACCAGCAACCCCCCAGUGCCACCAUGGCAACUGCACCAUACAACUACUCUUACAUCUUUAAAUACAUUAUUAUCGGGGACAUGGGAGUAGGAAAAUCUUGCUUGCUUCAUCAAUUUACAGAAAAAAAAUUUAUGGCUGAUUGUCCUCACACAAUUGGUGUCGAAUUUGGUACAAGAAUAAUUGAAGUUAGUGGCCAAAAAAUUAAACUGCAGAUUUGGGAUACAGCAGGACAGGAGAGGUUUAGGGCUGUUACACGGAGCUACUACAGAGGCGCUGCGGGGGCACUUAUGGUGUAUGAUAUCACUAGAAGAAGUACGUAUAACCACUUAAGCAGCUGGUUGACAGAUGCAAGGAAUCUCACCAAUCCAAAUACUGUAAUAAUUCUCAUAGGAAAUAAAGCAGAUUUGGAGGCACAGAGAGAUGUUACAUAUGAAGAAGCCAAGCAGUUUGCUGAAGAAAAUGGCUUAUUGUUCCUUGAAGCAAGUGCAAAAACGGGAGAGAAUGUUGAAGAUGCUUUCCUUGAAGCUGCCAAGAAAAUCUACCAGAACAUUCAGGAUGGAAGCCUUGACCUGAAUGCUGCUGAGUCUGGUGUACAACACAAACCUUCAGCUCCACAGGGAGGCCGGCUAACCAGUGAACCCCAACCUCAGAGAGAAGGCUGUGGCUGCUAGUGACCUCUUUGCCAUGGCCCUCAUUUGACCUUUCACCUCUGUCAGUUGGAAGCAGUACUUUUUACUGCCUCAUUGUCUUCUGUACAUCUUACUGGGUUUAAUUAAAAAAAAAAAAAAGAAAAGAAAAAACAGCUCUGUUGUAAAAACAGUGUAACACAAUACUAAACUGCUAACAACUAGAUGUAAUCAGGUUAUCAAAGGCAAGUAGAGUAAUAAAUCUCUCCUGCAUGGUAAAUCUAGACUUUUUUUUCCCCCAAUUGUCUUCUCAUAGGUAUGUCACCAAUACAUGAUUUAAACUGAACACUGAUGCUGUCUUCAUGAUUUUUAUCCCUUUUUUGGGCAAUGCGUUGUCUCACUGUACGGUUUAAUUUGAUGGUAUCUUAAACCUUUUUUUCCAUCUUUUACUGUUAACGUAUGUCUGUUGUAACCAAUGUUUAUUGCUGUGAAAUGACUUCUGGUAGUUGAGAAAGAAUUCUGUAACUGCUUUUAUUUUGUUUUUGUCAUAAAUUCCCUCUUGUGUGGGUGGCAUUUUUCUUGAGGAGGUUUGCUUGUCAGCCUUGCACCGAGAAAAUAGCCAUUUAUCUUUUCCUCUUGUGCGUAAUAGCUUUCUCUUUUUUUUACACCAUUUUAUUCUUUUCUCUUUAGCAAAAAGUAAAUAUGUAUAAAUUUUGAAGGAACUGAACUAACAAUACAUUCUGUGUAUAUUAUUUUAAUGAAGAAAAUAAAUUGAUUACUGGCAUUGGAACAGUAUAAAAUACCAGUUUGUACAGUAUGACCUAUAUGUGACCAUGUUACUCCCUUCCAUUUCACACAAGGAAAUAGACACAACUGCAAUUCAAGUAAUACUGUCUCUGCCUGUUGGUGCUGACAGUGUUGGGGACAUUAUGCUGAAAAGAAUGCCUGGCGUGAGAGGAUUAACACUAGCAGAUUGUUCCAUCUUUGCACUGUGGCUUACCUGCUGAUUUUCUUAACUGUUCUGUGCAAUCGACAAUGUGCUAACCUGCUUUUCUCUUUUUGUAAACGUUUUGCAUUACAGGCUGCAUUUCUUGCCUUACUGUAUAGAAAAAAGAAAAAAGGCUGGGUUUAUUAUUGCACAUUUUAAGCUUUUAUACCUUUAUCUUCUUGGAAUGGUGAGAGUAUAAAACAGAACCACAGGUCUGCUGUUAAGGGAUUUUAAAAUGUGCAUUUUUAACACUACCGUAGAAUAAUUAAAAAUAUCCCUUGUGUUAUUAGUGUGAGAGGCUAUUUUAUGACACUUUGGCAUAAUUGUUUUGUAGAAGAGAAAGUUUCUAGUGGUAUUUUAAUGUUAGUGCUGAUACACUUGCACUAGGUGGUUUUACCAUUGAAGGAUACUGUAUUGCAAGGGAAAACAAUCUUGUUUAGACAUCAAAUUUUUGAUUUCUAAGUUCUGUUGAUUGAUAACUAAUUAAGUUUAUGGUUUGGACUUCAAAUUGAGAAGUUAUUUGAAGUGAGGUAAACCUCAGCAUAUUUAUAUAAAAUGAACUCAGCUGCUGUGUUUAAAAUACACAUUUCAAAUCCCUCUUUACAGACAUGGAAGAAAAUAUACAUCUUUUUGGGUUGUAAACAUGUGGUAGUAUCGAAGUAUUGUAUAGUCAUUGUUAAAUAAAAGCCAAAACUGGAAUGUGCAGAUAAUAGGAUCUGGUUAAUUUGUGGGCUGGUUUUUAUUUUUGUCUUUAAUUUAAACAAAAAAGCUUCCUGGAGUAGAUUGGUCUAUUCUGUUAAAGACUUAACAGUGAUCCAUUUUGCUUACACUGAUGCAUCCAAGGGACUGCCCAGGGACCAUGACCUAAGGUGUGUGUAUAUAUUUACAAAAUUAAAACAAACCAACCACCCAUUGGAUAUAAGGUAGCAAUCACAACCUAAAGACUGCUGGCUUGUUUAGGUGCAAUACCCUGAUUCCCAAAGUUAGUUACAGAGUUGGUCUUAUUGUUUCUGUGACAGGAUUUAUUCGGGCUGGUGUACUCUUUAUUUGAUGUAACAAAAUGCUAUUAAUCUAAAUAUUUGUAAAUAAAGUACCUAUAUCUAGAUUAAAUUAA